GCAUUAACUUUAAAUUUUUUGUUACAAUUUUUGUAACGUGCUUAUGUAGAUUUAAUAAACAAACAAAAUAAUCAGAAUAGCUGGGUGUUUCGAAGGUUAGUGCAGCUGCUCGACGCUAAAAAAAAGUAGUUCCCAUUCUCGUUCGUACUAUCACGGAAACAACCGAGACUGUCCUUGUUUACCAAGCACACUGUGGUGCACAUGUAGAUCCUAGAAUGUCACAACAACGAGAUGUCGACGGACAAAAGUUGUUCUAUAGAAAAGAAUGAAUCUAUAAAUGGUUGCCACGAGGCUCUAGACACAGCAGUAGUCAAGGUGUCAAAAGAUAACGGCUUCACUCUUUUACACAGAGCUGCCAGAGACAUUUUUAGAGAUGAUAACGAUGAACACAAAGCAAUAGCAGAGCUGUCCAACCUACUUGAAGAAGAGUUCUACCUGAAUGCUCGUUGUGACCGUGGAUUCACGGCUGCCCAGUAUGCAGCAGUCAGAGGUAACUGGGUCAUUGUCAGGUGCUUGCUGGAGCAUGAUGCCUUUGUGGCGGAGCCAGAUCCAGACGGGAAGUCGCUUCUGCAUAGGCUGGCAUCAUGGGACAGAUGGAAACUCAUCGAAGAGGAUGUAAUCAGUUUAGCUAGCCUCAUGCAUUCAAGAGGCAUCAAUCUAAAUGCUGAAGAUAAGGAAAAGCAAACAGCCCUACAGAUUGCUGCUCAACACCACAACUGGGGAUUGGUUAAAUGGCUUAUCAUCAAAGGUUGCAAAGUCCAGUGCUGUGAUAAGUAUGGUAUGACCCUCUUCAAUCACUUUGCUACUUCAUCUGUGAGUUGCCAUUUUGACAGUUUGGCUGAAAUGGUUGCCCUCUUGGCCACAAAAGUUGAUGUGAACAGUAAGGGGCAGUAUGGUGACACCCCCCUUUGUGUUGCUGCUAGAAUCUUAGACUGGAAAAUGGUAAAGUGCUUGCUGGAUGUAGGUGCUGAUGCAUCUUUGCAUGAUUCUGACAGCUUGUCCGUUCUGCAUUAUUUGGCACGUUGGCGGGGUCCAACCAGGCAUUACAAAUGCUUGAACAAUGGGCAUAAUAGAAUCUUGCCUGCUUACCUAAAUUUUACACAUGCACAAGUGUGUGCAAGUUUUCAUGUUAUUAUCAGUGAAACCAUAACUGCAGCUGUAGAGAAUGGAGCUGAUGUCAGUGCAGUGGGUCCCAGAGGAGAGACACCUCUUCAGGUGUCACUUCAGUACAAAUCCCCUGUAUUCUGGCAUCUCUGGCACAUAACCCAAGGCUCACGUUUCAACACCAGGAAGCCCGUGAAAUCUUACUGCGUUUGCCAGAAUUUCCCAGCGAGUUUAUUAAAGUUGAAGUGCUUAUGAGGCUAAUGGAGAAGUUACACCAGCUUAGCACCAUUGAUGUUGCGGAAGAUUUAAAUAGCGUCAUCUGUGGAGCUCUGAUUAUGCAGAACUGGACAGUAGCUAAGGUGCUCAUUAAAUAUGGUGCAGAUGUGUCCAGCCCAGAUAAAAUUAAAAGGCCAUUGACCCAUGCGUUGAUUCUGGGGAUGCUCAGAGAGUCUGCUGUAGGAGGCCGAGGAUGGCUAGAAGUGCUGGAUUUAAUGCUGGCGCAAGGUGCCAACAUAAAUGCAGAAGACUUUCAAGGAUGCACCAUUGUUCACAAGCUUCUGCAUGCACUGCAUGAAUUUGCAGAUGAAGAUGCUGUUGCCUUUGCUUUAGAAAGUCUCUUAGCAAGAGGUGCUGAUCCCAUGAGACUAGAGAUGGGGAGGUGGACUCCCUUGAAUAUUUUACUGCAAACCCAGCUGCAUGUCAUAAACAGUGGCAAAGACCCUAUAGCUUUACGUCUUGCCAACAUUUUUUUGAAAGCAGGGGUGAGCACCUUUCAGUCACAGAUAUCACAGGCUUUUCUAGGCAUUCCUAGAUCAAGGCCCCGCUAUUUCAAGUUCGACUCCUCAUCGCCUGCUGAGACAGCUGUCAAAGCUCGUCAUGCAAAACUACUGAAACUUCUUGUGGACUCGGGUGCAGCUUCUAACAGUGAACUUUGGCAUCUGCAUUCCAGUUAUAGUGCCCAGCUUGCUAUAGAGAUAGAGAAAGACACAGCAGAAGUGUAUGACAUUCUUUGUAAGGCAGUGCGGGGCCCAAAGUCUCUCCUCUGCUUGUGUCGAUUGCAAAUUUCACAUCUUAUAGGCUGUGGUUCAGAUCGCCAGCGUAAGAUAAAUGCUUUACCAGUUCCUGCACUUUUGAAAGAAAUUAUUCAGUUUCAUGAUGUCCUCAGUGAUGUGACUAAAUCCAUGCCUCCCAACUAGUUCAAGUGCCAGUGUUCUCAGUAUCUGGUUAUGCUCAAAAACCAAGUGACCUUAGAGUCUACAACUGUAUUGCAUGGAGUAAUUAAUGAGUAAUUUACAUGAUACUAUGCUUUUUUUUGCAAUUUUUUUUUUGCUGCUUUUUCUUAUCUUUCUCAUAAGAAUAAUAAUAAUGGCUAUAUUGAUUUUAUUGUUAUCGCGUCACAUUAAGCUAGAUUGUAAAUCAUGAGCGGCAAGAUUUUGCCUAUUUUGUUUGGAUUUUUUUUCAUGAAGUCUGACAUCAUUUACAUUAAUCCAGAUUGUGGCUUAGAUAUUUCAGGACAUUGUUUAUCAUGCAUUCAUUUACAUACAGUUCACAGUCAUGCAGCUCAUUGUUCUUGUUUACAUGUUGUUAUAUAUCAAAACUUUGUUGCAAAAUUCUGCCUUUGAGAAAGCUGCUUUGGGUCUGGGUAAGGGCUUUGAGUGCCUGAUCAUGCCUAGAAGAGUUUUCUUUAUAGAACACUUGUUUUAGAUCAUGUCUGUCAUAGUCGGUGAGGGUGAUGCUGAAAAUAUUUCUCAGGCCUUUGUUUAUUGGAAUGUGUUGUAAAUGAUUCAUGCAUUUGUAUUUUGAGGUUCCUGAACAGAAAUAAGAAACAGAAACAAGGACAUCAAAUAAGUGGUUUGGAAGUGUAAAUCUUUCUGAUGCAUAUGUGCUAUGAAUCUGUAGCACUAUUUUGAUGUAAACUAGUUUGUAUUCAGGACAAGUAAAUGUCAUUUUUUAAUCAUUGACACAAGAAUAUGAUUCUCAGGAUAUAUUUUCAGUUAAAAUUUUUGAAUGUUUUAAAAGUGAAUUAUUUUAUUAGUAUAUUUCACAAUAAUUCUACAGUGACAUGGUGACAGUUUAAUUUUUGAAAAUGAUGGUGUCAAAAAAAUUUGUCAGGCAUUUUUUUUGUUGUUUUUUUUUUAAUUUGCUCAGACUGUAACAAUAAUAAUUAUAUAUGGUUUGAUGUUUGCUUCUGGUGAAGAGGGUAUUCCAACAUAUUUUUUAAAGUGUUAUGGACAGUUCUGUUGGUUCUCUCUCUCUUACUCACACUCUCUAAACAUGUCCCAGUAUGUGGACAAAGCACAGCUCAAAAUGUUUUAAUAUGUUAUACCUUCUGAUAACUGCAUCACAUUGUUCAUAUUUUUAGUUCUGAUUAUUCUUGUUUGCAUGCUGUGGCCUUGUGUGAUUUGUAUCUUGUGCAAAUCCACUUCUUCAUCAUCAGUGUAAACCCAUUUAAAAGUCUAGAUCAUUGGCUUUCAUAAGCAUCCUGUACAUUCUGGUAAUUCAACAUCUGCUUAUUUAUGGCAGAAUUUCUUUUGGCAGCAGUGAAAGUCUGGUGUCUUGGAUGCUUCUAUGCUUACACAUUUUUUUUUUUCUCAGACCCAUUUGUCUUGGCUUUCUUUUUGUUUUAAUUUGAUCAGUCAGUCAGGAUAUGAUUUUAAAUAUUGUUGCUUCUGAAACUUUGUCCAGUACAGGUUUUCAGUUUUUCCAUUACUAAAUGCUCGAGCAACGCAAAGGUCUCCCUAUGCUCCACCACCUUCCCAAAACGCUCUUAUGGAGUUUCUGUGUAUGUAUAUACAUUGUUCGUAUAGUUAUGUGGCUUGUUAUAAUAUGUUGGAUCCUAGUGACUUUAUUGGCUUGCUAUUUAGAACUGGGUCUUGUAUUGGUGAUCUCUAAAAGCAUUUUUCACUUCAUUAAGCCUUUUGUUUCUGAUGGCAAACUUGCCUUGUUCAGCCUACCACCAUCAGAAACCAAACCAAUUUGUGGUUGAUACAUCUUAAAACAACCGAUGAAAUGCCGACAUCUCUUUGGCAUCUGGUGCUACCUUACUCACUACUGACAUUCCAGGUCCCAAGCCUGAUGGGUGCUUUCAAGAGAUUUGCAAUAGUCUGUGCCACAGGUUUCAUUUUCAGAGGGGUGUCUUCCAUAGAGAGUGGUACAGAGCAAUGCUGCUAAAGCUUAUGAAAUAAUCAGGUGAAUGCUUUUGCAAGGUAAGCGUGAUUUCUUAUCUCAUACUCUAAUCCCCUGCUUCCUCCAGGCUUGGGAACCAAAGAUAAACCUCACGGAGAUGCCAAUAUGCAGAAAUACUAUAUUUUUUAUAUAUGCAUGUAUAUAUUUUUAUGCCAUAUUGCAGCUGUUUGCUCCAUCAUCAGCCAGAGCAUGCUUUUGACAAUAGAUCACAGCAGAAAACUUGCAUGAAAAUGAAGAUUUUAGCUCAGCUGUUUCACAUUUGCUUUGAUCAUAUGUAUGUGGAAGCUUUUGAUCAUGAAUAGCAUAAACUUUUGUAACUGGUAAAAAAGUUUUUGAUGGAAAAGGGUGACUGUCUACUGUAACUUUCUGUUGUAUUUCCUCUAUCCCUUCUCUUCUCUUCCUCACAGUGUUACACUUCUCUGAAAAUUUUGUUACAAUUGUGAACCCCACAGAUUUUGUUGUUUCAGAAAAACAUUUCAUUCUUUAAAGGAAAAACUGUUUAUUGACAUUUUUCAAUCAUUUUAGAAGUUUUCUUGUCAGAGUCAAAAGUUAUAUGAGGUUAAAAUUCAGUUGUGUGCCUGAUCUCAGUUGUAACAUUCCCAUUUGUACUGUUCACAUACUGAAUGCAUGUACCAUCCCUUUCAAGUAAUGUUCGGUAUGAGCAUAUUUCUGUCCUUGUGCAUGAAAGAUCUUUUCUUUGUGUAUUUUAGAGGCAUUAACAUACACAUUUUCUUUCUAUUCUUAAUAGUGUUUGAGGUGUGGCACAUGUAUCAGCUGUUUAAAGUGUGCAAAUUUGUUAGUAGGAUUCAACAGCUACUGCUGCAAUGUCUUAAUGCAAAUCAUAUAUGUACACACACAUACACACAUCUUUUAAAUAGGCAGUGUAAGCUAUAUAUUUGGCUUAAUAAAGCAGAUUUACUUGUGAAUACUGUGCAUUGUUAAUGUUCAGGGCUGGUUGAAAAGUCUAAUCUGCUUCUAUUAAAUGUCAGAGUUGCAGGUCACUUGUAGAGCACUGGAAUAGUGGUAGUUGUGCCAUUACUUUUUCCACCUGAUUUGCAGGCCUGGCUUGCAGUUUGUGAGAUGGUAUGUGUGUGUGUGUUUGAGUCUUCGAGGAGGAUGGGCAAGAUGACUGAAAUAUCAAAAUUCCUAGUGAACUGAACGAUAUGAGGGAACAGGCAAAAUAAGUUUCUGGAUGUCCAUGCCACAUAGAUAAUGGUUUGUGUGUGACAGCUUUAGGUGGUACUCUUGAGACUUCAGCCUGCUUUUCUCUCUUGAGACCGAAAAUUAUAGUUUCCCUCUCAUUAACAAAGAGAACUGAAUAUGUUGAAACCCCUUACCCUCUCACGCUUGCCAUUUCUCAUCCCUUCUCUCUGGUCGCACUGCCUCCCACUUCAUUUCCAUCCCAUUUUUUAGUUUGCAAACUAGUUGCGGUUCAUAUAAUAAAAACUGCUGAUUAUUCCUAAUAUUUUAUUAGCAGUCAUUUUGAGAACUUUUAACAGUAUAAGAUGGUGAUUUCAAGAACAAUAAGAAGAAAAAAUGUUGAGCCUUGGCCGAUAUAUAACAGCACUGGGAAUAUAAUUUGCUAUCCGCUAUAAUUUUUAUUCCUAUAAUAAAACUUGCAUUCUCUGUUUUAAAAAAUAUUAAUUCUUUCUCGAGAAAUUCACAUUUUGAGUUGAUACUAAUUAAAAUACAAAAUAGAACUUAUGAAAAAAAAUGAUAGUACUAUAACACCAUUUCUUAAAAAUUCUGCGAGUUCUUUUGAUGAGCUAAUAAUGGUCUUCUAUCUUAUUUCAUUUCUUCUACUUUAUAAUCUCAGUACACUUGGCCUCCUCACACCAUCACCCAAAACUCCCUUUUACCUGUCAACUCCCAGUGCUUUCUGUUCAUCGGCCUUGCUCGCGCAUUUUAGGAGCAUGGUUGUAAAACACUCUUGCUUAAUCAGUAGAACUUGAAAACGUUUACAUGCCCUGCUUUACUGCAUCCAUUUCAUUUUCUUUAGAUCAUCGAGGCUGGUGAAUAAUCAGUUCAGGCUUCACAAGUAUUGUGUUUUCCUUUAACAAAAUUUAGAGCUAGUAACUGGGUAAUUGAUGAUUUGAAAGCCGUCCAACAACAAGAAUAACUUUAUUAUACAACAAAAAACACAAGAAGAAAUGAGUCUAGAAAAAUGCAACAGUGGGAGUCUACUAUUAUGUCCAGUAAAGUGCUCCCUCGCUGCAGGCAGCACACUUCAAAAAUCAGAAAACACCCCACUUCGUAGUUUGGCUUCAUUUUAAAAAAAUAAGCUGCGGUCUAAACAAAAGGUUAGAUGACUUAGCAAUAAGACCAGCUGAAUUGAAAAUAGGUUUCUUCAUCUCCGCAACCCCAUGCACCAAAAACGAAAAAGCUGCCUCGAGUCCUUACAUCAGAAGCUUUGUGCAGCUGCGAGAAAAAUCGUGUCACAAUUGUUCGACAUAUUAAGGGGAGAUGACAGUGUCUUCCUAGUGUACACUAGAGUAGAGAGUUAUUUCCCAUCACUUAUAGUUCGCAUCGUGAUCAAUUUGUUCAAGCGGAGAGAGAAGAAUCUGUGUUUGGUUUUGUUUUUUUCUCGCACCCUUCGGAUGAUCAAAGAUACACUUUCACAUUUUUUCAAAUGCUAUCACUUAUUGUACUUUUUGUUUUGUUGAACAGUUAGGUUAACUGAAUUUUUUUUUCUUGCAUUUGUUUUCAGUGGUGAGAUGUGCGAGUUUGAUGUACUUUUCGAAUCCCCCAUGUAAACGCAAGUAAUCGCCAAAUACUAAAUGCACGUUACAUCAAAAAGUUUUGUUAGUCUUGUCUUCGUCUCUCAUAACAGUUCUGUGCUUUUCUUAUAGUUGUGUCACUAAUAAUUCAACUACUGUCGUUAUCAGCAUGACAAUAAAAUAAAUAAAUUAAA